CACUUUAAGACAUGCCAUGACGUCAUAAUCCUGCGCCCAAGCUCGAAGAGGUUAACCGGUUUACUGUAUGUAUCUGCUGUCGGACCCACGUUGAAUUUACACGUGAGUGAGUUCAGAAAAUACGGAAAAAUAUAAUUCAGAAAAAUAAUAACUCUUAAGACACUUUAAUUCGUUAGUAAAUAGACUGCAGGUUGUGAAAGUGAACGAUGCAGCGCCUGUUUUUUUCCCGGUGGUUUAUUUCUGGAGUGUCCUUGGCAGUCGGUGCCGGUGCUGGUGUUGCUCUGAGCAGGGCUUCGAACCGCUUUCCUCCUGAAGAUGGUCUUCUCCAGAGAAUCCCCAUCAUCCCGAUGCCAAGCGUGAACGCAGCGUCUGAAAUAAUCCCGUAUCAGCAUGGUCAGUUAACCCCGAGCAAAUCCACUGCGGCGGCUAAGUACGGCUUUCCGUCUCUGUCUCACAUCAAAUCGCGGGAGUCUUAUAUCACGUGUUAUGACCCGCGGAACAGGACACCGGCCUGGGUGAUCGAGCAGCUCAAUGCGGAAGUUCUGACCGGAACAUCCGACCGGAAGCUGUGCGACUUUAGGGAGGAUGAUUCGGUGCAUGUCUACCACCGAUCGACGAACAGCGACUACAGGGGGAGUGGCUUUGACAGAGGUCACCUGGCCGCCGCUGCCAAUCAUAAAUGGAGCCAGAAGGCCAUGGAUGACACCUUCUACCUCAGCAACGUGGCACCGCAGGAGUCUGAUGGAAAGAUGUACGUGAAGUAUCAGGUGAUCGGGAAGAACCAUGUGGCAGUUCCAACACACUUCUUUAAGGUUGUGAUACUGGAGAAGAAGCGUGGCGAGGUGGAGCUGCGACCCUAUGUGAUGCCCAACACACCUGUCAAUGAGAAGAUCUCGCUCGAGCGCUUCCUGGUGCCUAUCGAGAGUAUCGAGAGAGCAUCGGGGUUGCUGUUUGUCCCCAACAUCCUUAAGAGGACUAACAGUUUGCAGGCCAUUACUGCCAAGGUGUGAGGCCUUUCUACAUACACACACACACACACACACACACACAUACACACACACAGAUGAAUGUGUGGUCUAAAAGAAAUCUAAGCUACAUUUACUUGAGAAUUAUCAAAAUUCAUUGUCUAUGUUUUGGGAAACUUGAUGCACAAUUUGUGAUGAAUCACUGACAGCUACUGAAAAGAGUUUAAGGACAGAUCCCUGUGACAUUUCAGCUACUGAGAUCAGAGUAAUCAAAGAUUAAUAUAUGACAUUAUUUUAUUCUAAAAUUGUCAAAUGUAUUGAAUGUUUUAAUAAAAAUGUUGUUGUGACUUUUGUACAUUUUUUUUAUUACUUGACUGCACUGAGACUUUUUUAAUUCAUUGUUUCUAUAUUUUAGAAAUAGUCAUUAUUUGUCACAUAUACAUUAUUGCACAGUGAAAUUCUUUCUUCGCAUCUCCUAUCCUUGGAUGGUUGGGGUCAGAGGGUUAAGGGCCUUGCUCAAGGGCCCCAACAGUGGCAACUUGGCAGUGCUGGGGCUUGAACCCCCGACUGUCUGAUCAGUGACCCAGUGCCUUAACUGUGUGAGCCACCACUUCCCGUUUCCACUUCCACUUCCCUAUAGCACAAGCACAAGCCUGUAUUUUUGUGUUGUGUAUCUUAAUCCGGUUUCAGAUUUAGAGCUUCUUACGCAUUAUGAGGCACAGUGAAGCGGAAGAGCAAAAGUACAGAGGAUGCAUUACACGAUUUAAUGAAAUAACAGCAUUUUACACAAAAAUAAUAUCUUAGUAAAAACAUCUAUGCAUACUCAAGUUGUGAGUAAACCUAAUGUUUAAUACUUAAUUUUUAAGCAUGCAUGCUUUUCAAGUAUGAAUAUUUAAAUG